ACGACGCCGGCUUUUGUUGAUGGUGAUGAUCAAACCUAUCAUAGCCGUCAUAGCAGCUCUGGCCAGUAUAGGGUCCAUUGAAACCGCAUGGGCCUUUCUAGUUCUGCUGAUGCUAGAGCCAGGUCUCCGUCAGAUUGGGGAAGCCAUCUACCACUGUGUCAGAGGAAAGAAGAGCCAUGGUCUGAAGGUAAUGAACCCGUAUCGUCUGGUGUCCGAAACAGCAGAAACGUCCAGACUGUCUUGUUUCUGUGACGGCGUGUAUUCCAUAGUUGCCACCCUCAUCAUUCUGGAUAUAUGCGUGAACAAUGUUCCGACCGCUGCGCAUGUGCAGUUGCACGGAAGUGUGGUAAAGGCUCUUUCCCGUGAUGCACCAGUGUUCCUGUCGUAUGUCGGAACCUUCGUGACUGUAUGUCUUUUAUGGUACCUACAUCAUACGAUGUUCCGUCAUAUCCGUGCCCAGAACUCCAUAGUCCUGACCUGUAAUAAGAUGGCACUCCUGUUUGCUGGGUACCUGCCAAUCGUGUUCAAGUUGACAGGGCAGUUCGGAAAAGAGGUUGGUACAGGUAACUCGUCCCUAGCUGUCCAGGUGAACAGCGCUGUUGUCUUCCUGGCAAGUGUCUGGCUGCUGACCAUGUGGAUUGCGGCCUGCUGUAAAAAGUCUGAGCUUCUCCAUCCAGCAGCCCACACGACUAUGUCCAACAUAUUCAUGAUCGCAUACCUGUCCAUAUACCCUGUUAUCAGCUUGGUGAUCUUCUGCCUGUGCUUCUUUUCUCCCAUAAACUCUGACGUCAUCAACUGGGUUCAGAUCAGCAUGAUUGGCGUUUUCAUCAUCAUGAAGCUGAUACGUAACUUAGCCCAGAAACGUAUGGAAAAGGGCGAAGCAAAGUUAGCUGAGGACAAGAACCAGCAACUGUCUGAUAUACAGACCAACACCGGGAGUUUCCGAGCAAUGAAAGAAGGCACACCGAUGACAUCCGUGUGAAAAAACUCCAAAGGGGUUUUUAAAGAUUUAGGACAUGUAGAGCGUUGACAAUAUUACUAGUAUCUCCGUAUUCUUCUAUGUGACGAUAUUGUGAAAUAUAGGGAAUUCAUAAUGAUUUCUUUGAAAAAUAUACAUAUAUCGCGUUUUGUUUUUACGAAAUAUUAAGAAAUACCUACGUGACAAAGUUUCGCUAAACAUUCCUGCUACUUUUCUCAUGGCAACACUGACUGCUCUACUUCUCAUGACUGCUAGGUGGCGCUGAAUAUCAUGUACCAAAUUGCUUUGUAUUGUUCCCUUCGGCAAGAAGGUUAUGUUUUCGUAGGCGUUCAGCAAUGAUAACUGCCUGGAA